ACAAAAAUGGGUUUAGAAGACAGUGCUCUCUUGCAAAAGUACAUCAACUUCGGUGAAAAGAAGGCUGGUUCCACCACCAUGGGUAUCUGUGUUGGUUUGUUCGCAGCCUUCGGUGGUAUCCUUUUCGGUUAUGACACUGGUACCAUCUCCGGUAUCAUGGCCAUGGACUACGUCACUGCCAGAUUCCCAUCCAACCACCAAUCUUUCAGUUCUUCUGAAUCUUCCCUUAUUGUUUCCAUUUUGUCUGUUGGUACCUUCUUUGGUUCUCUUUCUGCAUCUUUCAUCUCCGACAGAUUGGGUCGUAGAUUGACUUUAAUGAUCUCCACCUUGAUCAUCUUCAAUGUCGGUAUUAUCUUGCAAACUGCCUCUACUAGCAUUCCACUUUUGUGUGUUGGUAGAGUUCUUGCUGGUCUUGGUGUUGGUCUCAUUUCCGCUGUUAUUCCAUUGUACCAAGCUGAAACAGUUCCAAAGUGGAUCAGAGGUGCUGUUGUCUCCUGUUACCAAUGGGCCAUUACCCUUGGUUUGUUGUUGGCUGCUGUUGUUAACCAAGGUACCCACAACAGAAAUGACUCUGGUUCCUACAGAAUCCCAAUUGCUAUCCAAUUCUUGUGGGCUUUGAUUUUGGGAGGUGGUAUGUGUUUGUUGCCAGAAACCCCAAGAUUCUGGGUUUCUAAAGGUGACAACGACAGAGCCAAGGACUCCUUGAGAAGAUUGAGAAAGUUGCCCCUCGACCAUCCCGACUUGAUUGAAGAAUACGAAGAAAUCAAGGCUAACUACGAAUACGAAGCUCAAUACGGUUCAGGUUCUUGGAGUCAAGUUUUUGCUAACAAGAACCACCAAAGAAAGAGAUUGGCCAUGGGUGUUGGUAUCCAAGCCUUGCAACAAUUGACCGGUAUUAACUUUAUCUUCUACUAUGGUACUAACUUCUUCAAGGGUUCUGGUAUCAAAAACGAAUUCCUUAUCCAAAUGGCCACUAACAUUGUCAACUUCGGUUCUACUGUCCCAGGUAUUCUUUUGGUUGAAAUUAUUGGUAGAAGAAAGUUGUUGUUGGGUGGUUCUGCAGUUAUGUCCAUUUCUCAAUUGAUUGUUGCUAUUGUCGGUGUUGCCGCUGGUGAAGGUUCAACUUCUGCCAACAAGUGUUUGGUUGCCUUCGUUUGUAUCUUCAUUGCUGCUUUCGCAGCCACUUGGGGUCCUCUUUGUUGGGCUGUCAUUGCCGAAUGUUACCCACUUACAGUUAGACAAAAGUCCAUCUCCUUGUGUACAGCUUCCAACUGGUUGUGGAACUGGGGUAUUGCCUACGCUACUCCUUACAUGGUCAACUCCGGUCCAGGUAACGCCAACUUGGGUUCCAAGGUUUUCUUCAUCUGGGGUGGUUGUAAUAUCAUUGGUGGUCUUUUCGUGUGGUACCUUGUCUACGAAACUAAGGGCUUGACCUUAGAACAAAUCGAUGAAAUGUACGAAAAGGUUCCAAAGGCUUGGCAAUCUACCAGAUUCAUUCCAUCCGAACAUGCAUUCACUCAACCAUCCGCAGCUGCCUCUGUCUCUUCUGGUAAGGCUGAAGGUGUUUCUGAAGUUGAAGAAGCUUCUGUAUAGAUACCUCAUGCACAUUAAUCGACUUACGUCUUUAUGAAUUUUACUUUCUCCUAAUAUAAUAUUAUGGCCAAUUAACGUUG